CUUGUUCUCUUCACUUUGUGACUUUUGGCUAUGCCAGAAAAAACAUACUGAUCUUCUAUGCGUUCUCUUCAUUACAUUAAUACCCCUUUAUCAAAUUUCUAGUCUUGUGCUCUAUAAGAUUCCUACUUGUUCAUUUUGAAUACCACACUCCAUCCAUUUUCCAGACUCAUAUUAAACUUUCAUGUCAUGGCUCUGCCACAAUCCCCCUUUUCCUCCUUCACUAAUGAAUUUACCUAUGAUGUGUUCCUUAGCUUCAGGGGUCCCGACACUCGUCACUGUUUUACUGGCAAUCUUUGGAAAGGUCUUUCUGACAGCGGAAUCAACACCUUCAUUGAUGACAAGGAGCUUGAGAGAGGGGAUGAAAUCACACCGGCACUUGUUAAGGCCAUUCAAGAGUCAAGGAUUGCCAUCCCCGUGCUCUCUACCAACUAUGCCUCUUCUUCCUUUUGCCUAGAUGAGCUUGUAAACAUCCUUGACCGGCGGCUCGAAGCAAAAGGUCGGUUGGUUUUGCCGGUUUUCUAUAACGUGGAUCCUUCUCAUGUGCGGCAUCAGACUGGGAGUUAUGGAGAAGCACUUGCUAAGCAUGAAGAGAGGUUUACAAAUAACAUGGAAAAUUUCACAGGUAACAUGGAGAGGUUGCAGAAAUGGAAGGUGGCUCUGCACCAAGUAGCUAGCUUGUCUGGUCACCAUUUCAAACCUAGGAAAGAGUAUGAACAUGAGUUUAUUGCUAAGAUAGUUAAAGAAGUCUCAAAUAAGAUCAAUCGCGCCCUUUUACAUGUUGCGAAUUAUCCUGUUGGAUUGGAGUCUCGAGUGUUACAAGUAAACAUGCUUCUAGGUGAUGUAUCCGAUUUUGGAGUCCACAUGGUAGGAAUUUAUGGAAUUGGAGGGAUGGGUAAAACAACACUUGCACGAGCAGUUUACAAUUUGAUUGCUAACCAAUUUGAAGCUUCUUGUUUUCUUCAUGAUGUGAGAGAGAAUUCAAACAAACAUGGCUUAAAACAUCUCCAAGAGAAGCUCCUUUCUAAGACAGUUGGACUGAACAUUGAGCUAGGUGAUGUCAAUGAAGGAAUUCCAAUAAUAAAGCAAAGGCUACAUAGGAAGAAGGUUCUUUUGAUAUUGGAUGACAUUGAUGAAUUGAAGCAGCUGCAUGUUAUGGUUGGAAGACCAGAUUGGUUUGGUCCUGGAAGCAGAGUUAUUAUUACCACUCGGGACAAACAUUUGUUAGCAAGUCAUGGGAUUGAAAAAACAUAUGAAAUGGAUGAGUUAAAUAAGGAAGAAGCUCUCAAAUUGCUUAGAUGGAACGCUUUUAAAAGUAAUGAAGUUGAUUCAAGUUACAAGGACAUUUUAAACCUUGCGGUAACUUAUGCUUCUGGCCUACCAUUGGCUUUGGAAGUAAUAGGUUCCAACUUGUUUGGAAAAGGUAUAGAAAUGUGGAAAUCAACAUUAGAUCGAUAUAAAAGAAUUCCGAAUAAAGAGAUUCAAAAGAUACUGAAAGUAAGCUUUGAUGCUUUGGAGGAGGAAGAGAAACGUGUUUUUCUUGACAUUGCUUGUUGCUUCAAAUCGUAUCCAUUGGUGGAGGUUGAGGAUAUACUCCAUGCUCAUCAUGGUGCGUGCAUGAAACAUCACAUUGGAGUUUUGGUUGAAAAAUCUCUUAUAAAGAUGGAUGAUUAUGGCAGCAACAUAACAUUACAUGACUUGGUAGAAGAUAUGGGUAAAGAAAUUGUUCGGUCAGAAUUACCGACAGAGCCCGGGAAGCGCAGUAGGCUAUGGUUCCCGAAAGACAUAGUUCACGUUUUAGAAGACAAUACGGGGACAGGUAGAAUUGAAAUCAUAUAUUUGCAUUCCCUCUCAAUUGAAGUAGCUGUAGAUUGGAAUGGAAAGGCCUUUAGGAAGAUGAAAAGUUUGAAAACACUUAUUAUUAAAAGUGGUCGUUUCUCCGAAGGUCCCAAAUAUCUUCCAAGUAGUUUGAGAGUGCUGGAAUGGCAAGGAUAUCCUUCACAGUAUUUUCCAUCUGAUUUCAAUCCAAAAAAACUUACCAUAUGCAAAUUAUCCAACAGUUGCUUUACAUCAUUUGAAUUGGCUGGCUUAUUGAACAAGAAGUUCGUGAAUCUGAAAGUUUUGAAUUUUGACUAUUGUGAUUAUUUAACUGAGAUACCUGAUGUAUCUGGUCUGAAUUUGGAAGAACUUUCAUUUGAAUGUUGUGAGAAUUUAAUUACAAUUCACACUUCGGUUGGUUUCCUGAAUAAACUUAGGAUCUUAAAUGCUAAAGGUUGCAGCAAGCUUAAGAGUUUUCCAGCCAUAAAGUUGACCUCUCUUGAAAGACUAGAACUUUCACAUUGUAAGAGUCUCAAGAGUUUCCAAGAAAUAUUAGGAAAUAUGGAAAAUAUAGAAUUCCUUUAUUUGAAGGGAACUUCCAUUGAAGAAUUGCCUUUCUCAUUUGGAAAUCUUACUGGGCUUGAUACAUUAAUACUGGAACAAUCUGGAAUGUUUAGAUUUACAAGUAGCAUAGUUAUGAUGUCAAAACUGUCUUCUAUUAUCGCUUUGAAUUUGUGUGUAUCUCUAUUGCAAAAGGAGAAUGAUAAAUUCAGCGCAAAGGAGUCUUCAAAUGUACAACGUCUUUAUCUCUUAAACUGCAACCUAUCAGAUGAUUUUCUUUUAAUAGGUCUCUCAUGGUUUGCUAAUGUAAAAGAGUUAGACCUAUCUGGGAAUGAUUUAAAAAUUCUUCCUGAAUGCAUCAAAGAAUGUCGCUUUUUGUGGAAGCUUUGCUUGAAUAAUUGCAAGGAUCUUCAAGAAAUUAGAGGGAUUCCUCCAAAUUUGGAACAUUUCUCGGCACUAGACUGCAAAUCAUUGACUUCAUCAUGUAUAAGCAUGUUACUGAAUCAGGAACUUCAUGAGUCUGGAAGCACCCUUUUUCGUUUGCCAGGAACAGCAACGGUUCCGGAGUGGUUCGAGCACCAAAGCAAAGGACCAUCAAUUUCCUUCUGGUUUCGCGGCAAGCUCCCUUCCAUAGCCCUCUUCCUUGUUAGUACACCAAUGCAUCAAAACUGCUUUGACAGUUUAUUUCUUUUACCUGGACCCAAUCUGAUCAUUAAUGGACAUGAAUAUGCUCUAGAUCAUUUAUUUCAUCCUAUCUAUCUCACAAUAAUUCCAGAUCACACAUAUCUUUAUGACCUGCAACUGCAUGGAAGGAAAUUCAAAGACAUGGAUAAAGCACUUUUAGAAAAUGAGUGGAACCAGGCAGAGAUCAUGAAUGAGGAUUGGAUGAGGAGAUCGAUUGAUAUAGAAAGCGGAAUCCAUAUAUUCAAACAGAAAAGUAGCAUGGAGGGUAUUCGAUUCACCUGUCCUUAUAAAAAAGAAACUUAGAUGAUGAUCACAAUUUACAUCUCAAAACUACCCACUUCUAAAAACCAGAGAUUGGUAGACAUGGAAGUAUGAAUUAAUUGUCAUUCAUUGGGUGGUAAUGUGAAUUUUGAUUCACAUCCAAAGUUAUCAACACGGAUAAGAGGCACUACUGUUUGGCGUCAAAGGCAAGAGGGAAAAAAAAUGGUAUUGGUAGUGUUGUAAAAUGAAGACAGUGAUUUGAUUUGUCAGGUAUCGUCGAAAGUGUUAUGUGGAGCUUCAAUUUUGAGGCACUGGUGAUGUAGAUAAAAUUUCUAGUGUAUGGAAUUGUAUACUUUGCUGCUCAAUUUUGCCAUGGUACUGCUAUAUUGUGUAUGAUUUGGACAUUGCACUUGAUAGUUGAUCCUCCUGCAUCUCCACGUGUUUUCUUCUGGGUUAACCAUGCCAAUGCCUGGUGCAAAGUGCAAACUAGUGGUUAGUGUAGUAAAUAACAUUUUGCGAAGGAACUCCGUCAUGAGGAUGGAAACAUCAAGUUUCAUUUUCCAUAAGGAAAGAUUCCACAGUGGGGAGGAGGAGGACGCCGCCUAAGACCGUUGCGCCGCUGUUUGAGACCCUAUUCAUUCUUGAUUUUAAUUUUAUGCUCUCUUCAAGUCUGUACUACUCUAGUCUCUAUAAGACUUAUGUUUUGGUACUUUGGUUUUUAUGUACUUUGUUGAACCUUGCUUUAUUAUGAAGUUGGAUAUUGAAAUUAUUUGAUUAAUGCUUCUUUGAUUGUCCUA